UCGAGUAGAAUUCGCGGGAGAUCGGUCGCUCUUAUAAGAACACGCCGACGUUUUUGGUACUUUUCGGAAUUCGGUGCGUCUGACGAAAGCCCAGGCUAGUUGUAAAGAAGAAGAGUUUCGAGCGUUACGUCACGGGGGGUAUUCCCCCAAGUUGAGCAUCACGAUUUUCGGCGACACCCACAAGAUCGCGGGCAGCGGUGGCAGGGGCAUGUUCUGCUACCAUUGCCCGCCUGCCCUGCACCCCGGAGCACCCCAGCCUAGGUUACCGACGCUGGAGUACCCCUUCACGCCAUCGCAUCCUUACACGAGCUACUCCUACCAUCCGGCCAUCCACGACGACACGUUCGUUAGGAGGAAGCAGAGGAGGAACAGGACCACCUUCACGUUGCAGCAGUUGGAAGAACUGGAAACGGCAUUCGCGCAGACUCACUAUCCGGACGUCUUUACCCGGGAAGAUCUGGCGAUGAAGAUCAACCUGACGGAGGCCAGAGUCCAGGUAUGGUUCCAGAACCGCCGAGCCAAAUGGCGAAAAGCCGAACGAUUGAAAGAAGAACAACGGAAACGGGAAGGCCACGACAUCAUCAAGAGGGACGGUGAUGCCAAAGAUGAGAAGCCGGAAGAUGGCCAGAGAAGCUCGCCGGAAGAAGCGACAGCCGAUGACGAUAUCGCGAGGGAGAGAGAAUGCUCGAGCAGGAGUUCAGCGGACAGGGAGAGUCCCGAGCAGAUAAGCGUCGUCCAGGAAGCGAACCCGUCGAAUAUGUCUUCGCCUCACGGUAGUCCGACUCCUUCGGCCUCUUCGGACCCUCCCAAAUCGUUGCAGACAGCCGCGUUCUCGCAUAUGUUCCCCUUCGGUGAUAGCCCGGGAGCGAGCUUCAGACCGGUCAUCGACGGGGGGGCCAGGAACACGCCGCCACUGUUUUUCCCGCCCCAUUUGGCGUCGCAUAUAUCGUCGCAGUUUUCGCCGCCGCUCUUCCCGACGUUGAAAGGUUUCCCCGGCCUGUGUUCGUGCUGCCCGAUCAAGCCGCUAGGCGGCGCGUUGUCGACGUCGCACCUGCUGCCAUCUAGCGACGCGGCGUCCGUCAUGUCGCAGACGUCGCCGGUGGGCGGGGACCAGCGCCAAUCCAGCGUCGCGGAGCUGCGAAGAAAAGCGCAGGAACACUCGGCCGCUUUGCUGCAAAGCCUGCAACACGUGGCCAGCUUUCAGCAGGCGGCCGCCGCAGGAUUGAAUUUCCCGCUCUUGCCGCCGCUUACGUUGCAGGCGCUGCAGAGGAAGCAGGAACCCCUUGGCGGUCACCAUGUGGACGUGGUACCGGUCAAAGAACCCUCACCCACGUAGACUAACGCGCUCGUAGGAGAUGGCGGACAUUUUUUCUCCUAUGUUUAAAGGAGUGUAAUACACAAGGCGUUCAUUUUAAUUAAAUAACAACGUCCCUAGCACACUUUUAAGAGUGUCCUUCGCAAAAUAAAUGGAGCACCAGAUGUCGCGGGUUCAAAGCCACCCGGGCUUCGAACUUUUUUUUAUACAAAACACUCAUCUUAAUUUUUUUUAUUUUCUGUCUCCAACUUGAAACGCCCCUCGAACACGAAAAAGAAAAAAAAAACUCAAAAAUCUACCUAGGAAAACUUCCUGUAUAUACAUAGAAACAAAUAUAAUAGAUGUCGCUAGUUCUAUAUAUUCCCUAGAUUACGUUCCGGAUGGGCGUUUCCAAAAACAAAUUCGUUUGGAGACGCGCGUCACGUUGCAAAUUAAGAAAAAUAAACUUAGGUGAAAUAUUGUGAUGUGAUACAAGUAUUAUUAUAUUUAUUUCGUUGUAAAUAACCUUGUAAAAUAACGUCAUAUUCUAGUGUUCAAUAAACAUUG